UUUUGGGGUUGAGUGACUGCAAAUUCCCGCUCUCACUGUAUGGAGCCCUCUCCGAAGCGCCUGCAAGCCGGCAUAAUCUCUAGGAUCCAUCUCGAGAACUUCAUGUGUCACAGCAAUCUCGACAUUGAGUUCGGAGACUUGGUUAACUUCAUCACCGGUCAAAAUGGGAGCGGAAAGAGCGCAAUAUUAACCGCACUUUGUGUCGCAUUCGGCUGCCGAGCUCGUGGUACGCAGCGAGCGAAUACACUCAAGGAUUUUAUCAAAACUGGCUGCAGCUCUGCGCUUGUCCAAGUUGAGAUAAAGAAUCAAGGUGAAGAUGCUUUCAAGCAUGAACUGUAUGGAGACACCAUCACUGUGGAGCGUAGAAUCACAGAAUCUGCUGGUGGCAGCAUCACAUUAAAAAAUAGUCAAGGUAGAAAAAUUGGCUCCAAGAGAGAGGAUCUCCGUGAGAUUGUAGAAUACUUCAAUAUUGAUGUAGAGAAUCCAUGCACAAUCAUGACACAAGACAAGAGUAGAGAAUUUCUGCAUUCAGGCAAUGACAAAGACAAGUUCAAGUUCUACUUCAAGGCAACACUUCUUCAACAGGUGGAUGACCUACUAAACGGAAUUGGCAAGCAGCUACAAGAUGCAAAUGGCCUGAUUAGUCAUUUGGAAGAUUCGUUAAGGCCGGCAAAGAAGGAACUUGAUGAACUACAAGAAAAGAUAAAAAACAUGGAAGUUAUGGAGGAGAUGUCACAACAGGUGCAGUUAUUAAGAAAGAAACUAGCUUGGUCGUGGGUAUAUGAUACUGAUAGAAAACUUGAUGAGCAACAUAAGUUGAUUGAAAAGCUAAAAGGAAGGAUACCUAGCUGUCAAGCAAUGAUUGACCAGAAUCAUCACAAGAUGGAAAAGUUGAAUGAUCGAUUGGCAGCAAAGAAAGAUGAAAUAUCAAAUAUGAUGGAAAGAACAUCUGAAGUUAGAAGAUUGAAGGAGGAUCUACAGCAAAAUCUUUCUAUGGCUGUGAAGGAGCAGCUUGAGCUAACAGGGGAACAAGAGCGCAUAAAUAGGCAAAUUGAAAAUAUGGUUAAACAGGUCAGAUCACUCGAGAGGCAGAUCCAGGAAAUGCAUGAGCAGUAUCAGCAAAAUACACAGGCUGAAGAAAAUGAGAUGGAGGAAAGGCUUAGGGAACUUCAAGCUGAAGUUGAUAAUGCUAAUGUCAACAUUCAGAGAUCGAAGGAAGAAGAGGAAAAUAUGCGGCAGAGGAUAGCUAUGGUAGAUAAUGAAAUACACCAGAUUUCCAUUCAGAUUGAAGAUGUCGAUAAAAGCAAUCGUGAUAUUUCCUCACGGAUACGUGAAAUCCAAAUGCAUCAAAGGAAUAAGGUUACUGCAUUUGGAGGAGGUCGGGUAACCAAUCUUUUACAGGCGAUCGAGCGGAACCAGCAUAAAUUUAGUAUUCCACCCAUUGGUCCCUUAGGUGCCCAUGUGGAAUUGGAACAUGGAGACAUGUGGGCUAUAGCUAUUGAAACUGCAGUUGGCAGGUUGCUCAAUGCUUUCAUUGUCACGGAUCAUAAAGAUUCUCGUAUCUUAAGAGCAUGUGCAAGAGAAGCUAACUAUAACCACUUACAGAUUAUCGUGCAUGAUUUUCGCAGACCGAGGAUCAACAUUCCGAAUCACAUGCUGCCUCAGACUAAUCAUCCCACUGCAUUGUCUGUUCUGCAUUCAGACAAUUCUACAGUACUCAAUGUUUUGAUUGAUAUGGGUAAUGCUGAGAGGCAAGUGCUUGUCAAAGAUUAUGAAGUUGGUAAAACUGUCGCCUUUGAUCAGAGGAUACCAAACCUUAAGGAGGUUUACACAUCGGAUGGGUACAAAAUGUUUUACCGUAGUUCAGCUCAAACAAUUCUUCCCCCAAACAAAAACGUUAGGGCUGGCCGACUUUCUGGUUCAUUUGAUGAUCAAAUUAAAUAUCUGGAGAGAGAAGCUUCAGAAGCAAAACUGAAAGCCCAACAAGGCCGUGGACAGAAACGGGCCAAGGAGGAAGACUUGACGGAUCUCCGGAACACAUUAAGCAAUAUGAAGAGAAGGCGCAUGGAUCUGGAACGGCGUUGUAGGUCAAAAGAAUUUGACCUGAAAGAUGUUAAGAAACUGCUUUCCUCAGAAGCUAAUGGAGCAGAUGAUUCUAAUCUGGACGACAUUCGUCAAGAGAUAUCUAAACUGCAAGAUGAAAUACAAGAAAAAAAGGCUUUACUAGCAAAAGUUCAUAAUAGGGUGAAAGAAGCUGGAACUAAAGCUAAUGAACUUAAAAUGUCACUGGAGAAUCUUUGUGAUUCAGCAAAGGCAGAAAUUGAGGCAUUAGCAGAAGCAGAGAAUGAACUGAUGAUGAUUGAGAGAGAUCUAAAAGAAGCAGGAAAGGAUAAAAAGCAUUAUGAAGGAGUUAUGCAAUCAAAAGUCCUUGCUGACCUAAAAAAUGCUGAGGCUGGGUAUCGGGAACUUGAGCACAGCUGUCAGGAGAGUCGUCGUAAAGCAUCAAUUAUAAUUCCGGAGGGUGAGAUUGAGGCAUUGGGAUGCAUUAAGGAAAGCAAUCCCGAGAACCUCAGUGCUGAACUUACUAGGUUGACUGAAAGACUUAAGCGUGAGGGCCAAAGAUUCCCGGAAUCAAUUGAUGAUCUCAGAAUGUUACAUGAGAAAAAAGAGCGUAAAAUAUCAAGAAAACUGCAUACUUACAAAGCCUUCAAGGAAAAGUUGGAAGCAUGUGAUAAGGCACUAAACGUGAGAUAUGGCAAAUUCCAGAGGAACGCAACUCUUCUGAAGCGUCAGCUGACAUGGCAAUUCAAUGGUCAUUUGAAAAAGAAAGGGAUCAGUGGUCAGAUCAAAGUUAGUUAUGAAGAGCAGACUCUCUCAGUAGAGGUAAAGAUGCCGCAAGAUGCAUCAAGCAGCUCUGUUCGUGACACUAGCGGACUUUCAGGUGGUGAGAGAUCCUUUUCAACAUUAUGUUUUGCCCUUGCACUUCAUGAGAUGACAGAAGCACCUUUUCGGGCAAUGGAUGAGUUCGAUGUAUUUAUGGAUGCAGUUAGCAGAAAAAUCAGCUUGGAUGCUAUAGUAGAUUUUGCUUUGGCCCAAGGUUCUCAAUGGAUAUUUAUAACCCCACAUGACAUCAGUAUGGUUAAAAAUGAUGAAAGGAUCAAGAAGCAACAAAUGGCUGCUCCUCGAGGGUGACUGUUCAAAACUGCAUCUCGUAUCACAGGGUGGUUCGACUAUCAGUUCUGCCAAUUAUCUAGGUUUUUGUUUGAUCAUCUCUGUUGGGUGGUCUCUUAGCUCUAACUAUAUAAGUUAUUCCCAUUGAUGUUAAUGGGUUCAGAAAUGGCACAGAUUCUUGCUUGCAGUUUCACUUAGUCUACGAGUCAUGUUGAGGAGUGGCUCAUUGCAUGUCUCGUUAACUUGGUGUGAACUUGCUUUUUAAGAUAGGAUUGUUUUGCUUACUUAA